UCAUUAGUUACGUUAAUGAUCACAUUCAAAAAUGCCCUCAAAGCUCUCUUUCUUGUGGCCAUCAGUGGGGUGGCUGAUGGCUACUUUGGGGAAGCAGCUGGGGUUACAAAUCAGCCCACUGAGGAAGUUAUAGAGUUUAAGAAAUCCUGGCAAAUCCCCAUCAUCCUUGCCCUCACCCCAGUGGUCUGGGGACAGUGGUGCCUUUCUCUCCAGAAGAUACCUAGGACGUGUCCUUUGAGGCAUCUGUGUUUCUCUGCCCAACAUCCUCACUCACUGGCUGUGGCCAUGGAGCAGGAGAAGAACAGCCUGAGCAGAGAGCUGAGCCCGGACCUGGCCCCGUACCACUGCACGGCAUGCCAUGGGGAUGAGGACUGGAGCCACAGCCACCCUAUCCGGGGCCGGGCCAAAUCCCGCAGCCUCUCUGCCUCCCCUGCCCUGGGGAGCACCAAGGAGUUCAGGAGGACCCGCUCCCUGCACGGGCCAUGCCCAGUGACCACUUUUGGACCAAAGGCCUGUGUGCUGCAGAACCCGCAGACCAUCAUGCACAUCCAGGACCCUGCGAGCCAGAGGCUGACGUGGAACAAGGCUCCAAAGAGCGUCCUUGUUGUCAAAAAGAUCCGCGACGCCAGCCUGCUGCAGCCCUUCAAGGAGCUCUGUGUGUACCUCAUGGAGGAGAACAACAUGAUUGUGUAUGUGGAAAAGAAAGUUCUGGAAGACCCCGCUAUCGUGAGUGAUGAGAACUUCGGACCAGUAAAGAAGAAAUUCUGCACUUUCAGAGAAGAUUAUGAUGACAUUUCCAAUCAAAUCGACUUCAUCAUCUGCCUGGGUGGAGAUGGGACCCUCCUGUACGCCUCCUCCCUCUUCCAGGGCAGUGUGCCCCCUGUCAUGGCCUUCCACCUCGGCUCCCUGGGCUUCCUGACCCCCUUCAACUUUGAGAACUUCCAGUCCCAAGUUACUCAGGUGAUAGAGGGGAAUGCAGCCAUCAUCCUCCGGAGCCGGCUCAAAGUUGGGGUUGUGAAGGAGCUCAGGGGGAAGAAGGCAGUGGCUCCAAAUGGGGUCAGAGAGAACGGCACACUGGCCCCGGACGCUGAGGUCGGGAAGCAGGUCAUGCAGUACCAGGUCCUGAACGAGGUGGUGAUUGACAGAGGCCCUUCUUCCUACCUCUCCAACGUGGACGUCUACCUGGAUGGACACCUCAUCACCACAGUGCAAGGUGAUGGCGUGAUCGUGUCCACCCCGACUGGAAGCACAGCGUAUGCGGCUGCGGCCGGGGCCUCCAUGAUCCACCCCAACGUCCCAGCCAUCAUGAUCACCCCCAUUUGCCCACACUCACUGUCCUUCCGGCCCAUUGUGGUCCCUGCCGGAGUGGAGCUCAAGAUCACGCUGUCCCCAGAAGCCAGGAACACUGUAUGGGUUUCCUUUGAUGGACGGAAGAGACAGGAGAUCGGCCAUGGGGACAGUAUCAGCAUCACCACCUCCUGCUACCCACUGCCCUCCAUCUGCGUCCAAGACCCGGUGAGAGACUGGUUUGAGAGCCUGGCCCAGUGUCUGCACUGGAAUGUACGCAAGAAGCAGACCCACUUCACAGAGGAGGAAGACGAUGAGGAGGGUGAGGAGGUGCAGGGCUAGGCUUCGCAGCGCCCACCUUCCAGACUUGUGAGACGGACAGUGCGACCCUCCCAGCAUCUGCGUCUUUGUUUCCUUCCUUCCACCUGCCCCUUGGGAACAGCCCUCUGUGUAUCUGGGUGUGUUCUAGGAUGUCGCGGCCCCAGAUCAUGUCCUUCCCACUGUGGCCAAAGGAAGAAUGGGAACCUACCUUUUUUCAGCCAAAUCAUCUGUUUUUAGCAUAAAUUUGAUUAUUUUUUGCAUUUCUAAACAAGCAAAGUGAGGCACAGGUGGGGUUGCCACAUGCACACACGUGCUGGCCAUGUUUGAGCUGGCCGUGUCUGAGCCGUGACCCCGGGUCAGGGGCUGUGUAUUGGCGCCGUUAUCACACGCACAUCCUUAAACCGGGGCCACUCACUUCUUUGAAGCUCCAUGUCAGGAAGCAUCCAUAAAUCAGUAUAUUGAAAUUCAGAGGAGCAGGCUGAGUCACCUGUCCUUCGAUGUGGAAAUAUAUGUCUCACAGCCAAAUGUCUUCCUUUAGCCACAAUGCUUCCCCUUGUUCCAGAGACUUUUCCCUGGAAGCGCUUCCAGAGAAACCCUUGGGCACUUUGCCACUUGAUUGAUGGUGGGGGCUGGUGAGGCUGCUAGGUUUGCUCCAGUUUCUGGAGAUGGUUGGGAGGGUUCCACCGCCCAGCUCAGGGCUGUGCCCACCGACCUCACUGAAGUUUCUGUCCCCAAGACUGUGGAUUGUUUCCUCAUCCUGCUUCAGGCCAGUGUCUUUGAGCCCCGUGCCGAGGUCUCUAUCCCCAAGAUUGUGGGGUGUUGCCUCUUCCUGCUUCAGGCUGGCGUCUGUGGGCCCAGCAAGCCUGGCACAGGGCCGGAGGAGUGGAGGCUGGGCCAGAGCCCACGCACAUUCCUACACACAGGCCGGCACCUUCCGCACCGGGAGAUAUUUUAACCCUGUAUAUACUUUUUAGAGAUUCUUUUAAACUUUCUGAAGUGCUUAUGUACAUAUUUUAUUGUACACACUUUUGUGAAGAUUUAAAAGGUAGGGGACUAUCCUGCUCUGAAGCAAAGCCUGGUUCCCUGUUUACAUUGUCCUGUGUGGUGCUGCCCGCAGGGACCAUUCCGUGUGGAGUCACGUGGUCACGUCGGCUUGGUGGUACUGGGCAGGAGGUUGGGAGUUGAGUUGGCGAGGCAUUUCUACUUCGCAGUUGUAACGAGCAGGCUGAGUGGAUUCAUUCAUGAUUAAGAUGGCAGCUGUGCUGUGACUGAGUGCCGACCCUGCCUCUUCUCAUCUGAGCUCACAGAUAAACCUUCAUUCCAGCGGUCACUGCACCUGUCAGCAGCAAGGGUGCUGGGCCGCCUCCUGGUCA